AUGCUGACGCUGCGAGUCUGGUACCUCUUCCGCGCCAGCGUGCCUGCACGUCUGUUCGCCGUCUUCAUUUCCGCUUCUUGCCAAAUCGCCGCCUUCGCGAUUCUAGGAGUAAUCUAUAACGACCUCAACGCCGUUUCGUUCGACCUCCCCGGUUUCGAGCUUGAAGACUGCUUGGUUCCCGCUCCAACGAACCUCUGGAGGCUUUGGGUCCCGCCGUUGAUCCUGCAUACCCUGCUAUACGUAUUUACCCCCGUGCAGGCGGUACUGAGGCGCAAUAUGUACGGGAAGCGGAAUGUAGUGCUCGAUAGACUUCUGAGAGACGGAGGUAUGCUGUAUCUAGCUGUGCUCGGUAUUUACUCUCCCGGUAUUUCAUCUUUGUCCUUGAAUGUUGACCGUGGAAUAGUCACCGUCGGAUUCUGCGCUAUUGGCGUGAUGAUCGGCCUUGUCUCAGUGUGCAUGUCACGUGUGAUGUUCAGCAUUCACUCCCUCGCAGAAAACCUCAAUUGCGAUCCCGACUGGCUGCUCAACCAUGUAGAACUCAGCCGGGUCAACUGGAAGAAGGGAUCAACGGACGGCGAGCUGAUGGUGGAGAUGGACGUGGUAGAAGCAACAGAGGAUCCCGAGUACGGUCACCGCUUUGCCGUGAGGACAACGAGGGUCGGCACGACGCCCGAGCCGGAUUACGAGCCGCCGUUUUUGGUUAUGGCAUGACAACAAAUGAUGGAUUUGUGAGGCCUUUAUUCCGGAGAGACAAGAAAGAAUAGAAAUGUCAUCGCCGAGUCCUGCCGGCGCUCUGCACAAUCCAUUCGGGUUCC